AUGUCGAGGGUUAUUGAGAAUCAGAUCAAGAAAAAAAGGACUGUAUGGCAGUACUUCAAAAUUCAUUGUCUCUGCUACAGUUCUGUGUCUCUGGAUUUUAUUCUGCAUAGUGUUCUGAUGGCCAGAUACAUCAAUAGUUCUUAUAUCCUGAACCAGAGCUUGUUCACGGGAGAAAUACUUAAUGCCUCAGUCUCAGAGGACAUCUCACACACAGCCAUCUCAAUAAAGAACUGGCCAGCCUUGCUGAUUCUGGUGAUCAUUGUGCUGACUGUUGGGGGCAACAUAUUAGUGAUCAUGGCAGUCUCCCUGGAGAAAAAGCUACAGAAUGCAACAAACUACUUCUUAAUGUCGCUGGCUGUCGCUGAUAUGCUGGUUGGGAUUUUAGUCAUGCCAGUUUCUCUAAUUACUAUUCUUUAUGACAACACCUGGCCUUUCCCAGAAAAGCUGUGUCCCAUCUGGAUUUAUUUGGAUGUUCUCUUUUCUACUGCAUCCAUCAUGCAUCUGUGUGCAAUAUCAUUGGAUCGUUACAUUGGAAUUCGGAAUCCUAUUGAGCACAGCCGCUUCAACUCACGAACCAUAGCUAUUAUAAAAAUCACUGCAGUCUGGACCAUUUCAAUUGGCAUCUCGAUGCCAAUCCUUGUUAUUGGCCUUGAAGAUGAAUCCAGGGUUUUCAUCGUCAACAGCUGCAUUAUUAAUGAAGAAAGCUUUCUUCUUGUUGGUUCUUUUGUAGCAUUUUUUAUUCCACUGAUUAUAAUGGUUUUCACCUACUGCCUGACGGUACAGACAUUGCAAAAACAGAUCAGUGUCUUUUUAGGUGACCAAAAACAAAAGCGAGCAAGCUUGCAUGUGUUUAAAAAGGGGAACUUAACAGAAAAUGCGGCAAUGAUACAAAGAUCAGAGACUCCAGACAAAACUUCAAGGUCGCCCUUGAAUAAGGAAGUUAAGCUCUUUCGGAAAGGCAUCAUGCAAUCAAUUAACAAUGAACAGAGGGCUUCGAAGGUGCUUGGAAUUGUCUUCUUUCUGUUUGUGGUCAUGUGGUGUCCUUUCUUUAUCACGAAUGUCCUGUCCGUUAUCUGCAAGGAUUCCUGCGAUGAAGCCAUCAUUGGAGAUCUCCUCAACGUGUUUGUAUGGGUUGGUUAUACCUCAUCUGGUGUCAAUCCAUUGGUUUACACACUCUUUAAUGGAGCUUAUCGCCGAGCCUUCUCCCACUAUAUUUGUUGUCACUACAGAGGAACCAGAAAUCACUUCACUGUCGUUGCUUCCACGUCAGCAAUACAUGAGAGGAACUUAGAGAUGACCACCAUGAACAAUGGAAAUAAGUCACCGAGCAACAAACUGAGAGUCCCUGAGGAAAGAUUACAUGUGACAGUAGAAUCAACAGUAUCUUCUAUCAACAACUGCAUAAUUAUAAGUGAAAAAGUCAGCUGUGUGUAAAUAGGACCUGGAAUACCAAAUCUUCAGCUGUCUAUAUCAUUGGGCCUAGCAUACUAGGCUAUGAGCAUGAAAA